GGCCCACGCUACGGGCGUGGGCGGAGCAUGGAGGCGGGGCCGAUAGGUCGGGGGUGGGGCGCAAAGAUAAGACGGCUUUCGGCUAAGGGCUUGGGCCCAGGCCAGGUGCAGGGGGCGGGCGGGGCGGGGCUCUGCUUGGGGGUGUGGCCUGGGCAGGGGGCGGGUUUGAGGGUUUUAAGCCAGGCUUUUCCGGGUUUUUACCUUUGCUUCCCCCAUCCGGGAGUCCGGUGCCGCUGAGCUCCUGCACAGUUCGUCCUGCCCCGGAGGAGGUGCCAGGAAAGAGAGCCCGAACCCCCUGACGCCAGACCCCUUUUCCCUUCCAGCUCGGCCUUCUGGGACCCCCGGCCAGGGAGCAGGGAGCAUGGAGGAGUGUGUAGAGGACGCUGCGCUGGAGCCCUGCAGGUGGCCCCCCCAGGCCGCAGUGACGUUCCAGGAUGUGGCCGUGGACUUCACGCGGGAGGAGUGGAGGCUGCUGGAGCCUCCCCAGAAGGAGCUGUACUGGGAGGUGAUGCUGGAGAACUACAGGAACCUGGUGUGCCUGGGCCUUGCUGAUUCCCGUCAGGAUGUGAGGAUCUCUGUGCUGGAGUCAGAGGAACCACAGUGGAUUCCAACCGGUGGUGUUCUAAGAAGCUGCUGGCCAGGUUGGGACACUAGGCCUCAGACCAAGGAGUCAGCUCCCAAGAUGAGUAUUUCGGUGAAAGUCUUGACCCCGGAAACGUUCUUGGAGGAUGUUCCAAGUAUCUACAAGAUGGAGAAGAUCUGGGAGUGUAAUGGCAGUUUUAAGAAGAAGCAGAGAAUUGAGGGGAAACCUUCUACACGACUAAAAACAAUCCAAGCAGUACCUCCCAAGGAGGCUGGAGGUUCUGAAUAUAGUAAAUACAGUCAGACCUCUAGCCCAGAGCCAGACCUUUUUCCACAGCAGGGAGUAUCUGUAGUUAUGCAGUGCCAGAAAGGAGAUAAGCAGAGAGGGAGUUCCACCAUGCAUUCAAACCGAGGACAGUAUAAUCAAGUCUAUUCCAGGAAGAAAUAUCCUAAGGUUAAGAAAUGUCAGAAUGUGUUGGGUCAUGAAAGGGGGAAUUCUUUCCUUCAAAAUAAUGAACUUUGUCCACGCCAGAGAACUGAUAGAAAAGGAAAAUGUACUGAAUUGACUAAACGUGGGAAGACGGAUCUUGCUAAACGCUCUCAUCUUCAGAGUUCAGAGAGAUGGUAUAAAUGCAAUGAAUGUGGAAAGGCCUUCCGAUAUGAGGUUUCUCUUAAAGUACAUUACAGAAUUCAUACCGGAGAGAAACCUUUUGAAUGCAGUGAAUGUGGUAGGGCUUUCUGCCAGAGGAUAGAUCUUAUUCGCCAUAUUAGGAUUCAUACUGGAGAGAAACCUUUUAAAUGCUGUGAUUGUGGGAAAGCCUUUUCUAGGAGCACAAGCCUAACUUUACAUCAGAGAACUCAUACUGGAGAGAAACCUUAUGAAUGCAAUGUAUGUGGGAAGACAUUCCGUUCAAGCUCUCACCUUUCAGGACACCGGAAAAGUACUCAUGAAGGAAUAAGACUUCAUGAAUGCAAUGUAUGUGGGAAAGCAUUCUCUCGGAAGUAUGAUCUUACUAAUCACAGUAGAAUUCAUACUGGCGAGAGACCCUAUGAAUGCAGUGGAUGUGGAAAGACCUUCUGCCUGAAGUCAAGUUUUACAUUUCACUUUAGAAGUCAUACUGGAGAGAAACCUUUCAAAUGCAGUGAAUGUGGAAAGGCUUUUUAUAGAAAGCUAGAUUUUAUCAACCAUAAUAGGACUCAUACUGGAGAACAGCCUAUUCAGUGCAUGUUUUCCCUUGGAGAAAUUCACUGACUGAACAUCAGAGAAUUCAUACUGGAGUGAAACCUUAUGAAUGAAAAUAUUUUGGGAAAGUCUUCCCCAGAAACUGAGCAGUAACUCCAAAUCUCGGAGUUCAUACUGGAGAAAAACCCUGUGCAUGCAGUGAAUCUAGAAAGGCCUGCUUCCAAAAUAAAAAUCUUUUAUUGUGUGAAAGAAAGAUAUAUUCCAAAAAAGAACUCUUAGGAAUGUAAUUAAUGUGGAAAGGCAUCCCUCUGAUUACAGCUCUUUCCUCAACAUAAAAGAAUCUUGAUGGGAGAGAACCUUAUUAAUAUAAUCACUGAAGCAAUACUUUGUCUGGAAGGGAUUCCUUGAUCAAUUUCCUUCAUAUUGGAAAGAAACCAAACAAAUAUGAUGCCUGUGGAAAGCCCUUCUGUUAAUGAUGGUGAACCAAUUCUCCUCAUUAGAAGAGCCCUUGUCUAGAGAUGCCAAGAAGGCAUAUACUUUCUCAAGUAUCCAGAAUGUUAGCCAAAACUAAUCUUUAAUGUCGAGCACUGAACUUCCUAAAUAUCAUACUUCCAGCAAGAUAGACAAAUAGAGGAGAGACUAUAGAACAGUUUGGUAGAUUUGUUUAGAACAAUUUAGUGCUGCUUAAGUAGUUCUGAAGAAUUUAGCAGCAGCUUGGAAAGUGGUCAGCAAUUAAAGAGCCUUUGGAAUUUGUGCUGAAUUCUGUUCCACCCUACUCCCGUGUGGGUGUUUAAUAUUUAAUAACUAAGUGCCAUAUUUUAAAAGUUUUAUUAAUAAUAACUAAGGCAAAAGAACCUCUGACUUCAGCCCAGUCGCAGGUCCAAGGGAGAGAAAGAGGGUAGAGUUACAACUACUUAAAUAAAAUCAUGCAAAAUGUUGGGAUGCAGGAAAAUGGAAUUUUGGGAAAUACUGUGAAGAUUGGAUUUAGCUCUCCCCUGAUUGUAACAAUGAAGUACUUAGCUCUUCCUUUAUUGGGAAGAUGGAAUUGUAAUCCACAAUCUGUUUUUAGAUUUUAAUCCCCAAAAAGGUGGUAACUCAGUAUUUUAAGUAGAUCUGCCCAUUUUAACUACAAAAAGGUGUUAAGUAACUACAAAAGGUGAACUGACCAAAAAAUGUGUUAAGUAACCCAAAAGGUAUAAUAUAACCAAAGAAGGUGUGAACUAAAGAGUGGGCAGUCCUGGAGAAAAUCGUCUGCUGUGAUUGUUAGAUGUGAAAUUUAGGGGAGGUGACACAAGAGAAAAAGAUCUUUUAAAAGAUGACCAGAGGCCAGAAGAAGAUAUAUUCGAUUCGAAGAGAUUGACAAUCUCUCUGACUCAGUGUUGGACUUGAGGAACUGGACCCUUGGAGGAACUUGUGUAGGAGACCUCAUUCUGCUUUACCAUUUUAGAUAGUCGCCAUUGGUGAGUGAAAGGCUGACUUAGUGAACCUACCUUUCUGGAGGGGUGAAGCCUCCAGGAAAAGCCCAUCAUCUUGAGACUCUCUUUCCCUGGCUGGGGCUUAGAAUUUCUAACUGGUAUUAGAGGAAGCCAGAGCUCUAUCUCCUCUCUCAUUCCUUAAUAUCUUCCCUCUAUUGUAAACAUAACUACCUUUAGUCAUUCAUUUUGGGAUUUAGAAAUUAAAUCCCUGGCAACCACCUAUAAAAUAUUCAGAGUCCAACCACAAAAAAUUUUAACAAUUCUAAAGGACUUCUGGGGGAUGAUGUCCAAUGACUCAAAAUCUCCAUUUAUACAUAUUCCCUCUGUGAUCAUAUUGGGAAACCAGUUUCCCCAAAAGGCUCAUGAAAAGAAUCAACUUAAAGAUUGCAACAAUUUGUGAAUAAAAGGAAAAGAGAACAAAACCAAUGAUUACUAGGUUGACAAAAAGCCAAUUUGGGGCAGUCCCUUUUGGCAUUCAGAAGAAAAGGCAUUUCAAGCCCUCAUAGUUCAAUUCACAUCCCAGAGUUCACUCUAGAUCUUUUGGUGCAGCAUGUGGUCUCUGCAGGCAUCUACAUGGUGCUUUCUGGAUUCUGGGAGGUAGCAAGUUUCUUAUCCUAAAAUUGCUCAAAUGUAAAUCAAAGUUCACAACAAUAACUUGGUCCCCCUGAGGUGAAUAAUGAUGAACAAAGGGAUCACUCGGGGAUGUGUGGCUGAGUCAUGAGGUAUAUGAAUCAAGUUGCAAAAGAAAAUCAAAAACGUGAAAAAAAUCUAAAUAAAAGAGAAACAUAACUUGUGGAUGAAAUAUAAAAUAUAAAAGUUAUAUGUCUAAAAGAAAACUAAGUAAAGGAAAAACAAAUCUAUAACAGGUCCUUGAAUCAGGGCCCAAUUAAAAUGAUUUAAGCAAUUAUGCAUUUACCCAGUCAGUAGCCAGGGCUACAGAAAGUUUGCCACAUCAUGAAAGGGAACUAGAUUAUAGGAGCCAAAUUUGAGAUACUUGAAUGUGGGACAAGGAAGACCUGCCUUUAACACAUGUUAAACAGCCACAACCUUGAACCCCAAACAAGUUCAAGUCCUCUUGUCAUGGCUCAAACUUUUCAUCAACCCCACUGGGAUCUGGUCUCUUUGCCCUUGUGCUCCAUAGGCACUAUGCAGUUGCUCUGUGCUUCUUUAGCACUGUACAGUGGCUUUUUUUGUAUUCUCUUAUCCUGGAAUCAGAAUCAUUAAGCAAAGUCCCAUAAUAUUUUUUUAACAAUCAAGGGCAUUUUUAUAAUCUAAAGCUUUUUGGAUAUGCAUUAAUAUUAGAACAAAUGUAUUUAAAACAUUACUGCAAAGUAAAAAAAAUUAAAUAUCUCAGUACUGUUGACGUGCUUCAAAUACAAAAAGGAGAAAAAUACUCAUAUGCUAUAUUGCACAUGCAAGGGAAAAAAUCAAAGUUUUUUUUUUUUUUAAGUUUUGAAAAUAAAAAAUAUAGCUUGAAAUCAG